UUUUUUUUUUUGCUUCUGUUAAUCGCCUGCAACAGCCGCCAUUUUGUGGGAGCAGUGAAAGGCGCAGACUGAGGUUCGUCUGCCUGCCCUCCCUGUCAAGAUGUCGGAGGAAGAAGCCAGGGAAGACGCGCGUCGGGAUUACCAGUCCUCCCUGGAAGACCUUACAUUCAACAGCAAACCGCACAUCAACAUGCUGACCAUCCUGGCCGAGGAGAACUUGCAGUUCGCCAAGGAUAUCGUCAUUCUUAUCGAAGCACAAAUCGCCAAGGCUCCUACCACAGAGAAGCUCCCAGUCAUGUAUCUUAUGGAUUCCAUUGUUAAAAACGUCGGAAGAGACUAUCUUACAGCAUUUUCUAAAAACCUAGUUCCUACAUUUGUUAAUGUAUUUGAAAAGGUUGAUGAAAACACUAGGAAAAGUUUAUACAAAUUGCGCUCUACUUGGGAUGAAAUUUUCCCUUCAAAGAAGAUGUUUGCACUAGAUGUGAGAGUCAACUCAAUAGACCCAGCAUGGCCAGUCAAACCACUGCCCCCAAAUGUGAAUACCGCCAGUAUCCAUGUGAAUCCUAAAUUCCUUAAUAAAUCAGAAGAAUCACCUGCACCCUCCAUUCCUGCACCAAGUGCAACUCCAAAGCCUCCAAUGAACUCUGAGGUACAAAAGCAGUUGUCACAAGAACAGCUUAUUAGACAGCAAUUGCUGGUGAAACAAAAACAAUUAUUAGAACUCCAAGCAAAGAAGUUGGAGCUAGAGCUAGAACAAACUAAGACACUGCUGGCUACAAGCAUUAAUUCUGCAUCAGUACCUCCAAAACAUGUUAUACCAGAGGUUCCCCACAUUCCUGUUAAAGUUCCUCAUCUAACAACCACGCAUCCUGAGAAUAGAAUUCCAGUACCUUCUCAACCCCAUGAUUUGCCUCAAAUACCCACUAGAGACCCUCGGCUUAAUAGAGGUGGGCAACAUUCACCUCAUCCUAAAGAUCAGACUCAUAAAAAAGAAUUUAAAUCAAACCAGCCAGUGCAACUAGACUGCAAAUUCAGUAAACCAGUAUCUCAUGAAAAGAUAGAUCACUCCACAAAACAGGAAAAGACUGGUGCUUAUUCAAGGCAAGAAAAAACAAAUGCUACAAAGUUAGAAAAGGUAAAUACCUCUUUGAAGCAAGAAAAGCUGAAAGUGACUGAAAAAGAACUUAAAAAGGACUCUAUGCAAACAGAUCUUAAAGGUAAAUCCAAAUCCCCUUCACCUCUACAAAUUAAAUCACUGCAUCCAAAAGGAGGAGAGACCAUCAGAGAUACUGAAGUCAAACGUGACCCUAGGUUACGGAAGCAUGUUAAAGACAAAACUGAGGAUAAAGAGGAUGAAACAAAAGAGAGAAGAAAAAGUACAGAGAAAAGAGAGGACCACAAAUCCUCAGAACACAGGCCAACUGGAAACCGAGGCAAAAUGAAUGGUGCUUUCCUAAGAAAUGACACCAAUGUGGCAGAUUCUGAUAAAUCCGCUCCAAAACCUGGAAGAACAGGCCAUAGGAAGAGGUCACGUUCCCCAAAGUCUCGAUCACCGGUACAUUCCCCUAAAAGAAGGGAACGGAGAUCUCCAAAAAGACGGCAACGAAGCAGUUCUCCUAUUCCCUCUCUCCUAAAAAUUGGCAAGCUACAACAGCCACCACGUAAACCAUCUCACAUAGAUGAAUUUUCCUCAAAUCUGCGGGAGGAAAGAAAUAAAAGAAACUUAAAAGCGGAUCCACGUGACAGUCGAAGGCAAAAGAGAAUUUCAGAGGAAAGACAGCAAGAGCCCUUAGUUCCAAGUUUCAUUAAAUCUAAUUCUGAACCAAAAGAAAAUGUGGAAAACUGGCAAGGGACAAAGCCUAGUAAAAGGUGGAAGUCUGGAUGGGAGGAGAAUAAAAGUCCACAGAAUGAUGAUCAUCAUCAAAGCAACCGGAGUCCAUAUCCAAGGCGUCGUGAUAGUUGGCCUAAUAAAGGUGUUGUUUCUCCUCGAACCCCAAAGCAACAGCCUUGGUUAAGUGUUGAUGCCAAUCUGCAGAUCCCAAAAGAAUUGACAAGCGCAAGUAAAGGAGAGCUAUUGAAAAAGGCUAAUGAACGUCUGACAUCUGGAGAAAUAACACAUGAUGAAUUCCUUGUUGUGGCACACCAAAUCUGUCAGCUUUUUCAGUAUCAAGAAGAAAAACAUCGGUGUAAUGUAUGGGAUAGCCCCACAGAGGAAAAUAAAGGCUUGAGAAAGAAACCUCUACUUUCCAAUGCAGAAUUGACCUAUUACCAGCAUAAAGCAAAGCUAAAAAGAACUCAAGUACAAGCUCCUUUUGCAAGAGGUGAUCCUUUAGACUCUGAAUUUUUGGAUAUACAGCUAGAUGAAAUGGUGCACUCAGGUAGAGACAGUGAAAAUGAAAGAAUGACAGACAGCCUAUCUGAAAGAAAUGAGCAGUUUCCAGUUAGGAUGAGGGGACUAUCUCCCCUGACUGGAACAAGACCUCAAGCUGAUGACCUCUCCCAUGAAAGCCACAGAAGACAUGACGAGCAAAGGGAGAUUCCAAAAGGUGUGAGGGAUGAUCGGAGACCACUGUUCAAUGAGCGCUUUCAGCAUGCAAGACCACGGUAUGAAGAAACAGAGCAGCCAAACUUUGUGGAGAAUCAAGAUUCCAUUUUAACUGAUAAAGAUACUAAUUCACAAAAAUGUGGUCUAAUUGAAGAAAAAAGACCACUUCUUGAUGCCCCACCACGGGUGUCUGGAAAUAGAGGAGACUGCUUAGGAAAAUCUUACGAGGAACCUUCCAACAUAUCCAAUGUAAGAGAAAUGUCUCCUGCAGAAACAUGUGCACGUUUUGAUGCCACACCUGUAAAUCAGGUUGGAGUGCAGCAUUUUGAAGGGAUAACUGGACAACCAAAUGAUGAUCAUUUUGAUGUGAAUGCAGAGGAGCCAGUUGAUGGAUCUAGGUUUGAUGGGAUGAGUGGUCAUCAAGUUAACUUGCAAGGACAGUCAAUGGGUAUGCAGAGGUUUGAAGAAACACAAAGUCAGAUAGUUGCUCCAAACCAUCCAGUUCCUCUUCAAAGGUUAGAAGGUCCACCAGGACAAUCAAUGGGUGGACAGAGGUUUGAAGGAGCUCAAGGACAGCAGAGGUUUGAAGGAGCUCAAGGACAGCAGAGGUUUGAAGGAGCUCAAGGACAGCAGAGGUUUGAAGGAGCUCAAGGACAGCAGAGGUUUGAAGGAGCUCAAGGACAGCAGAGGUUUGAAGGAGCUCAAGGACAGCAGAGGUUUGAAGGAGCUCAAGGACAGCAGAGGUUUGAAGGAGCUCAAGGACAGCAGAGGUUUGAAGGAGCUCAAGGACAGCAGAGGUUUGAAGGAGCUCAAGGACAGCAGAGGUUUGAAGGAGCUCAAGGACAGCAGAGGUUUGAAGGAGCUCAAGGACAGCAGAGGUUUGAAGGAGCUCAAGGACAGCAGAGGUUUGAAGGAGCUCAAGGACAGCAGUUAGGCCCUCAACGAUUUGAUGGUGCUCCAAACCAACCAAUGGGACCUCAACGAUUUGAGGGGGUGCAGCCAAUGGGUCCACAGCGAUUUGAAGGAUCCCCACGGCCACCGCUGUUGCAACAAAGGUUUGAUGGGCCGCAAUGUCAGCCUAUAAGGUUUGAACAAUCUAUGGCUCAACCAAUGAGAUUUGAUGGAAUACAAGGCCAGCCAAUGGGUGCAGUCAGGUUUGAAAGGCCAUUUGGACCACGUUUUGAAAUGAACCAGCCACCACGAUUUGAUGGUGGACCUUGCCAGCAGCCUUUAAUGAGAUUUGAUGGACCCGUAGGGCAAGGUGGUCCCAGGUUUGAAGGCACUCCAAUUAACAGAUUUGAGGGUCAACCACCUCUUUUGCCAAGAUUUGAUAUGCAUCCUGGACAACCUUGUCAAAGGUUUGAAGGUCCUCCUGGACAUCAGACUCCUCCUAGAUUUGAUGGACCAAUGCAAGUGCAACCAAGGUUUGAUGGCCCUAUGCCUCAGCGGUUUGAUGGUCCAAAUCAACAGCCAAGAUUUGACAUACCUAUAGGACCUCAGGGGCCAAGAUUUGAUAAUGUUAAUCAUCCACCAAUCAGGCAAAAUGCUCCACCUUAUGGACAGACUGGCCCAUAUUGUGAACCUCAGAAUUUGUUUCAUGGACCUCCUCAGGGGAUGCAAUUUCAAAGACCAGAGCCUAGGUUUGAUAUGCCACAAGGGCCAAAUUUUGCUGGGCCUCCUGGCCCUGGAAUGCAAUGUUUUCCAAACCAGCUUCCUCGACCAUCUGUACAGUAUUUUGAUGACAAAAAUCCUCAGGCCCCUCAAUUUGGAAACAUGGGCAACCUACCAGUAGGAAAUGUACAGGCAAACCAGCCAUAUCCACCUUUAGGUGGCAUGACUCAACCAGCAUCUUUUAGUCAAGAGCAGCAAUUUGGUCCAGGGCCCAAUACUGGUGUGUUUGUACAAAGCCAACAAGCUGCUCCGCCUCCCUUCCCAGAAAAUCACUUGGGUCAACUUGAUGUUAAUGAGUUAUUCUCUAAGCUACUUUCAACAGGAAUACUCAAAGUCCCUCAAACUGAGGCCUCUUCUACCCGAAAAGAAGCAACUGAAUCUCCAGCACCACCUGUGCAUGAAGAGGACGACGAUGAGCAGUCUGAAGAUCAGGAUGUUCCUGAUCUCACUGGUUUUGUUCUGGAAGACCUUAAGCAUCGCUGUGAUAGUGUUAUAAACCGGUUGUACACUGGCAUCCAGUGUUACUCAUGUGGAAUGAGGUUUACAAAAUCUCAGACGGACGUAUAUGCCGAUCAUUUGGACUGGCAUUAUCGCCAAAACCGAACAGAAAAGGAUGUCAGCAGAAAGAUUACACACAGGAGAUGGUACUACAGUUUAGCAGACUGGAUAGAAUUUGAAGAAAUUGCUGAUUUGGAGGAACGUGCUAAGAGUCAAUUCUUCGAGAAAGUACAUGAAGAGGUCAUAUUAAAGACCCAAGAAGCUGCAAAGGAAAAGGAAUUCCAAAGUGUGCCAGCUGGUCCAGCUGGAGCAGAUGAGAUUUGUGAAAUUUGUCAAGAACAGUUCGAACAAUACUGGGAUGAGGAGGAAGAGGAAUGGCAUCUUAAAAAUGCCAUGUGUGUAAAUGGAAAGAUCUACCAUCCAUCAUGCUAUGAUGACUACAAAAAUACUUCCUCGUUUUUGGAAAGCACACCUUCUCCUAGUAAAACCCUGCUAGAAAAUCCCCUUAGUGCAAUGUUAAGCCUUGUAAAAGAGGAAGUGGCAGAACCUUCUGUCACUGUUAAAGAAGAACCAACAGAACCCUCUACAUGUACUGGGGAAAUCAUACCCUUGCUCACAGAAAUUAAAAAGGAGUCAGAUGAGCCUGUGUAAAGUUAACAAAAAGCUGCUGCCAUAAAACUGAAAAUAACUUUGUUCUCAACUGGGGCAGGGCCCUCAGCUAUAAUUUAUAACUGAAUACAUUUUUGUAUUUGAAUUCUGUAUACUUGCACAGUUCCAUGUGUGAAGAUUCUGUAGAUGAAUGCAGAUAAGAUGAAAUUGUAUGUAGAGGUAUUGUACAAUUUAUACUUCUAAAUUAUUAAUAAACUAUUUUUGCUAUAUAUGGAGUGUAAUGUUUUUGCACGCCAUUAAGAGGAAAAACUGUGUUUUACUUUAUUGGGAUUAACCAUGUACAUUUUGUAAGCUUUGCCAAGAAUUAAAACAAAACCAGGAAAGGAUUUUAUUUUUAAUUUGCAUCCACAAUGGCUGUGUUCUAUUAGAAUGCAAAGAUUUAUUUAUGCUUUGUUCAUAGAAUUUGUUGAUACGUGCCCUGAUAAUAUAUUGACUUAAGUUAAAUCUAAUUUAACAAGGAGCGUUUGAGUGCUGACAUAGAAGCACAAAAACUGAAAAGUUGGAUAAACACCUAAUUUAAUUUAACAAUGCAUUUGCAGCACCUUCUUAAAAGCAAGUUCCAGACUCAGAAGAAACAAAAUGCAAGACUUUUUGAGCUUUUUUUUUAUUGCUAUUUAAAAAUGUUAAGAUUUCAUAAAUCUAAUAAAAUUAUUGAAUCAGA